AUGAGAAGUUUUCAGAGUGAGAAGUCCACGCCAUUUGACAAUGUGCCGCACAAACCAAACCAAAUACUGGGUGACUUGGAUAAUGAGAGUGUCAGGGAUAUACUUUUCACUUGGAAUUUUAUUCAUCAACAACGAGACGUUUUGGACUUUGAAAACAUUCCACAAAUAUACGAAAACUCAGAAGACACGGAGGUGGAAGUUGAAGGAAAAGCUGAAGACAAAAAGCGGUUACAUUUAGACACUUCAUUCAAGUCGAUAAUGAUAUACAUCUACUGGUAUCCACAAGUCAAAAACUCCUUAGCUCAAAAGCUGUGUACGUUACUCUUUUAUUCCCAUUUUGUCUCUGGCACAACAAACCUCCACCAGAACUUAAUCAUGCAAAUAUUGAGGGUCGACCGAUUUACAAUUCCUUUCAUAUUUUUUGUCAUCACAGAGAACGAAGUCUUGUUAAAUUGCGAUGACAUCGCUGACAUCCCACACAACACUCUAUUUAACAUGUUUAACACGCUUAUUAAGGAAUAUUUACAAUCGCCAAUGGGUUGGCAGUCAUCGAAGAAAACACCCAAUUCGAUAUAUAAUCGGACAAGAGUACUUGGCAGCGACAAAGAAGGUGUUGUCUAUUAUUUGUUGAAUGGAUUCUUGUUUGGGAAUGCAAGUGAGCGGUGGUACAUCUUCAAUCUUCCCUCCCAAGUCGACGACUUGAUAGAUAAACUCAGUCUGUCUUGUGAAGAGGACUUAAUCAAUCAAAUCACCACUUUACGCCAAUUUAUUAAAACGGAUAGAAAGGUGGCACAAGAGUUUGUGGUUGUCAAAAAAGGGUUAACGCCGUCGACACAUUACAAAACAUUUUCACAACUCAAAGGAGUUUCCCCCUUCAGUGAUGAAGUUCGGGAAACGAUUCAAACUGCCAUAAAAGACUUUGCGUGGUUUGUAGUGAGUGUAGAAAAGUAUGGAGAUGGAGAGACGGUGCCCAUACAAACCGAGGAGGUUCUCAGUGAGAAUAAUACGAAUGAGAAAGGACUUAUUUUAAACACUAAUGCGAGUCAAGUGAAUACCGAGAAGAGUGAUAAUGAGAUGAGUCAAGACAACGACUCGACUUCAGAAAAAGAGAAAGAAAGUGAGUCUUCCACGAAGAUGUCUGAGGACUCCGAGAGUUCGUCUGAUGGAAGCAAAGACCGAAAAACACACAAACCAACACUUUCACAAAGAGAAAGACGCAUGAAGGCAAGAAUACCAUUCCAGAGAAAUCAACAAACGAGCGCGUUGCCGGAGAAUUGGUACACCACCGAAAUCGAAACACUGAACUCUGGUGAGUUAAAUGAAAUCAUCGACUACGUUUCCGACGAGUUGAUUGGCCUUCCGACAGUGAACGAAGGUAAUUACAAAAGUGUUGUAAGCGACGUUAUUGAGUUGAUUGGACUCCUUGUCGGGACUUUGCCAAACAAAUUCUUUAAGAGGGGGUUUGAGUUCGUAAGGGACUAUGUGGUCAAAAACUGCACAAAGGCGUCCGGCGUCUCAUUUCUGGUUGGCGCAGUCACCCUCCUUGACAACUCGGUGGAAAAAGAAGUCAAAAGCAACACUUCCGGCGAGUGA